ACUUUAAGUUUUGCCUCCGUUUGAAUGAAAAAGAUGGCGUCGUCUUAUGACAACGUGCAAGUGUCCAUCCUUUCGGACGACGAAAGAUUUGUACAUUUAACAGAUGAACCCGUCAAACUUGAACUGUCACGACAAACAGAUUGUGUAACCUUAACAUUGUUUAAAGGAGGGAACAAAUUUCAUCUAAUUACAAUAACAUCAAGUACAGAAUACUCUCGAUAUGGAAAACAGGGCUUUAUUUUUACAAAUGAAGACAAAAGUUCAUUGGUCAGAUUUCCAAGUAUACAUGCCAUGAAACAGUUUCAGUUUAGAUUUAAAGAAAUGAGGAGUGUAUUAAAAUCGGUAUUUACAGAGAGAACAGAAGAAGCAUCUGCUGUUCAAUACUUUCAGUUUUAUGGAUAUUUAUCACAACAACAGAACAUGAUGCAAGAUUAUAUUCGAACAUCUACCUACCAGAGAGCUAUUUUGGCCAAUUUAAUAGAUUUUCAUGACAAGGUUGUGUUAGAUGUUGGUGCUGGAUCAGGUAUUCUUUCCUUUUUUGCUGUACAGUCAGGUGCCAGGAAAGUUUACGCUGUCGAAGCCAGUAGUAUGGCAGAAAAGUGUGAGGAAUUGGUCAGACACAACAAACUUUCUGAUAAAAUAAUUGUUAUACCUGGAAAAGUGGAAGAAAUAGAAAUACCAGAAAAAAUAGACACAAUCAUAUCUGAACCAAUGGGUUAUAUGUUAUUUAAUGAACGUAUGCUUGAAAGCUACUUACAUGCCAAGAAAUGGUUGAAACCGGGAGGAAAAAUGUUUCCUUCACUGGGUGAUUUACAUAUAGCACCGUUUACAGAUGAAGCUUUAUACAUGGAACAAUUCUCUAAAGCUAAUUUUUGGUGCCAGCAAUCAUUCCAUGGUAUUGACUUGGGAAGUUUAAGGAGUGCAGCAGUGGAAGAAUAUUUUAAACAACCUAUAGUUGAUACAUUUGACAUCAGAAUUUGUAUGUCAAAGUCCCAUAAAUACACAGUAGACUUCGAGCAAGCAAAUGAAGAAGACUUACAUGUGAUAGAUAUACCUCUAACAUUUACCAUGACACAGUCUGGCAUGGUACAUGGCUUAGCCUUCUGGUUUGAUGUAGCAUUCUUAGGCUCAUCAGAAGCAGUUUGGCUAUCAACAUCACCCACUGAAACAUUAACUCACUGGUAUCAAGUACGGUGUUUGUUACAAAACCCUAUAUUGGUCAAACAAGGACAAACUUUAAUGGGAAAAUGUGUUCUCAGGUGCAAUACAAGACAAAGUUAUGAUGUAGACAUAGAAUUGAAUAUUCCAGGAACUUCAUCUAAAUCUCAAAAUACAUUAGAUCUCAAAAAUCCCUUCUUCCGGUACACAGGCCAACAACCAUCACCACCUCCGGGAACAAAUAACACAUCACCUACAGAUAAUUACUGGAAUUCAACAAUGCUUAAUCAGACAAACUAUAUGAAUGGAAUUUUAAAUGGAAUGAAUGGUAUGCAGGACCAACAGACAGUACAAAUCUUAAAUCAGCAAGGAGUUAUACAACAAAACCUCAUCCCUGUGUCAAAUAUCUCAGCACCAAUAAAUCCAGGUAGCAUCCCCAGUGUUAUUAAUUUGGUUAGUGCUCAUGCAAACAGAACAUCCGUGGGCGGAGGAAUCAGCCCAGUUAACUUCGCACAAACACAAUCACAGAGUGUGAUGAGUGGUGGUAAUGCAGGAAGUUUCCCUGUUAGUAACCAGUUUAUGAUUGGAGACUAUGUAAUGCCAGGAAAUGUGGUCCAUAUAAAACCUGAAUCUGUGCAACAAUGAUCUGAUAUCAUAAGAAAUCUUGUCUUUCAUAUACCUCAAGUGUAUGCCAGAAAUGUACCAACUUUUAUAACUACCCUUAAGGCUAAUGUACAAGGACAAAAAUGUGGAGGGUUAAAUCCAUUGAUGGCAGCAAUUCUUCCAAAACAUUGCAGAAUUUUUCAAGGGAUACUAAUGUUGUAAAUGUGGUAUUUAAGUAAAAUGACCCUUGUAGAAUAUAGUACUCCAGUUAUAUUCCUCUGUUGUAAAUUUGGGAUUUUAAAACUAUUGUGUUCCAGGCAAAUGACCAUUAAUUUGAAAGUAUAUGAUACAUUUUAUUUGUGAUGUUAGGUCACUGUGAUACUUCCUAACAUACUGUUGCUUACUGUUAACAAAAAUCCAACUGUUAUUUGUUGUCCAACUUAAAAAAGUAACAUGAUGUUAACAUUGAAAUGAGGCAGGUGUUACCCGUGAAAGGGGAAAGGAUCUUUUUAUAUAUUUCUCAUUUUUUUCAAAAUUAAAUAACGAAAAUAAAUUUGAAUCUUAUUACCAAGGCAGAAAUUUCUCUAAUAUCGUGUUCACAAAUUGAUUUAAAGUAAUAAGAUAUAUAUAUGUAAGUGAAAAUACAAAGGUAACGACAUUGGCUCCUGAACGAUAAAUAUCUUGAUUUAAUAAAAAAAAAAAAAAAACUGAAAUACGGAAAUGUCUCCAAUGUCUUACAUUAGGUGUUUUGUUGUUUUAUUUAUGACAUCAUUAUCAGUGUAAUUAUAAACACACACAAUGUGUUCUUCAAUUUUUAGAUAACUUUUUUGUUAGUAUUAAAGUACAAUUAAAUUUAAAAUCUAAACAUUUCAUACCUGAAAACGACUGAUAGAUAUGUCACCAUUUCAUAUAUUGGCAUUUAAAAAUAAAAUUGUCUAUGAGUAAACAUUUAGGAAUUGUUUUGCCAUGUAUACAAACAGAGAUUGUUCCAUUUAAAGUUCCAAGCUCAGUCUCAAUCAAUCCAGAGAAAUUUGCACAGAUCGGUUUUGUAACAUACACACAUCUAGAAGUACUGGCAGAUAGAUUUGUGAUAAAUUAAUCUUAUUUUCAAUAUCAGAUUUCUCUAAUGGGACUGGAAAAAUUGACUAGGAAUUGUUACAAAUUUUAUUUGUGUUGUCUUAAUGCAUGCCAUCAAACUUUUUUCAACAAGAUGGCUGUCUACAUUGACUGGAAACCAUUGACUGGAAACUCAAAGGAUUAUUGCGCAUAUGCUUAAGAUAGAAAAUAAAAAGUUAACAAUUUUGCUUUCACUAGUAUAUAGAUUUUCUCUGUCAUUUAUAAUGGGACGAUUGAAAAAUGUACAUUUAUUAUGUAAAUUCAAAUCUUGGAAUAGAAUGUCAUUGUUUCUUGUUUGGCAAAAUAAUUGAUCUCUGGUUAGUUGCUUUAUAAAACAUUGUCUCUUGUAAUGAAUUUAUCUGACAUUAAAAUCUGUAGUUUGAUCAUAUAACAAAUUAAAAUGUUGAUUUUGAGAUUUGAACAAACCAUGUUUCUGUGAAAUUUUAAUAUGUAUAAAUGUAUUUUGUUGAUUUUCUACUUUUAUAUGUUAAGGUUUCUUUUUUUCCUGUAUUUACAAUUUUUGGUUACCAUGAAACUAACAACAAACAGGGAAACGGAAUGGCUAUACUUGUAAUCAUUACUUAAUGUUUAGAAGCAGUAACAAAAAAAUGUUUGUCUCAUAUGGACAAAUUUUACCAGGUGACUUGUUUUUAAGUCCAUUAAACAGAUUUUUUAUCUGUU